UAGCGUCUGUCUGAAGUACAGCAAUGAAGAGACGUGUAGUAGAGCAGUGUGGUUUCUAAAGACACAGCAGGAAGAAGAUGACUCGGAUAAUGGAUAAACGUUGGUUGAUUGGUUUAUGGUUGUAAUACCUCCGCUCUAAAAUGCUUACGGGAAACGCAGAAGACGCAGCACAGCAUGCUUGGGUUUGCCCAUCUGAUCGUCAACUAACUCUACGCUCAAAACUACGAGCUGGGUGGUCAGUUAGAGCUGCACAAACUGACCGACAGAGGCGAUCCAGCACGCUUAGUGAUGAGGAAUUAAAGAAGAUACGUCAAGUCAUAGAAAGAGCAGAAAACAUGGAUCAAGCGGAGCAAAAACGAGUGGGAAAGCUGGUGCACAGACUUGAUGAUAUGAGAAGUAAUUCAGCUGGUGACGGGAAGUUACGAUGUAUAUUAUGUGCUGAGGCAUUUGGGAAGCUAAUGGGAGCUUCUUCAUUUGUUUGUGUGGAUUGUAAAAAGAAUGUAUGCAGCAAAUGUUCUGUUGAAUUUUCCCCUCAUUUAAUACGUGGAUCACACUCAAUGGAUAGCAGCCGUGGAAGGAGCAGCAACCGAAAGUCUUCAACUACUAAAUGGCUUUGUAAAAUAUGCAGUGAGGGCAGGGAGUUGUGGAAAAGAUCGGGUGCUUGGUUCUUUCAAAGCUUGCCAAGGUAUAUACUGCCAGAACAGACAUCUAAUGGGAUGAACCAAAACUUCCCGAUCCGUACGUUAGGUAGCACCAUUAUCCCUCAAUCCCCUGGAUCUCCAAUGCAUAAGCCAACCAAAGACUUUGCAACAACACCUACAUCUACAUACACACAACAUAAAUAUAUGGUCCGAAGAAGGUCGUCCAGCAGUGAGAGUUCGGACAGCAGCGAUAUUUCAAGUUUCGGAAAACCUGCAAGCUUUUACAAAAAAAGCGAUUCAGCGAGCAUCACAAGCAGCACAAGUUACACAAACAGUAACGACGCUUCUAGCCGAAGAUCGGAGCAAAUUUUGUUCGACAAUAAUCCAGCGCGCUCAAAUGGGUUUGCUGCGUUAUCGGGCAGUGAAAACAGUCUCAAUGUACCAGGUGGGGCAAGGAAACGUAGAAUUUCUGGCACCAGGAACCGACAGCAUAAGAAAUCCGUUGGAGAUAAAUCAAUAGAAGACAUUGGCACCAACAACCCAGACAUGUGGAGUUUACAUUCAAGUGGUGUCGAUGGAGGAAGCUAUAUUGUUGAAACGAAUGCAAAAAAUGAAAUUGUUACUGAAAAUACAGCUGGCCUUGGUAGUUUGGAGUUCACCCUACUACACGACUCCCACAAGCUUGCAUUGUAUGUCACUGUGAUCCGCGCAAGGGGUCUUAAAGCAAUGGAUAUCAACGGGUUCUCUGAUCCUUAUGUUAAGCUCCACCUUUUACCAGGUUCCAAGAAGCUCGGAGAGUCAACUAAAAUGAGGACCAAGACGAAACAAAAGACACUGAACCCGACAUUUGAUGAAACCCUCACAUAUUGGGGGGUUACGGACGCCGAUAUUCAAAAGAAAACUUUACGUCUCACAGUCUUGGAUGAAGACAGACUUGGAGAUAAUGAAUUCAUUGGUGAAGUAAGGAUUCAAUUAAAGAAUUUCAACUUAACUCAAACCAAUACAUACAACAUGGGACUCACUGAACAUCAGGAUAUAAAGGAAGAUGAAGAUAGUAGUGAAAGAGGAAGGAUUAUGGUGACCUUAUCCUACCAACCUAGAGAUACAAUGUUAGUCGCAACCAUUAACAGAUGUUCAAGUCUUCUUCCUGUUGCAAGGACAAACACAAUUGACCCACAAGUUAAACUCUGCUUAAAGUCAGAAGCAAAUCCUUCAGAGUUCACCUUCAAGAAAACUGAGCGUCGAAAAAAUACGAAGACCUCUAACCCUGCUUUCAAUGAAACUAUGAAGCUACCAUUGCCCGCACAAGCCCGUGAACUUGUUAAUUGCUCGUUGGAUGUGAGUGUGUGGGACAAAGACACCUUUGGGAAGGAACAUCUUAUUGGUGCUGUGUGCUUUGGUAUUCACAGUAAAGGUGACAAACUAAAGCAAUGGUUCAACUGUGUAAAGAAACCUCAAGAAGCACACGAGAUGUGGCAUUCACUAACAUUACCAAACGAUCCAGAGAAAAUUAGCAGCCUAGCUGAAGCAGGGAGACGAAGCAGAACUCCACGUUUCCAUAGAAAACUACAUUCAUAGCUGCUCAAGAUUGGCAAGUUUUUAUGAUAUUGUUUUAACAUGACAUCUCUGUAAGUGUGAUAGGACAUGUCAUGGGACCUUGCAAUUAGGUCAGAGUUGGCUCAUUACCCAAACAUUAUAUAUGCACAUUUUAUUCUAUGUGGGUGAGGUUCUUCAGUGAGGCACACCAUGGGACCUGAGAUUUGGGCCAGAGUUGGCUUAUUACCCCAACACACAAGGUGCUACUAAAUGAUACAACACAGUUAAUAUUAUAUUAACAUUUUAACCAUGACAUAAUUUUAUUGGAAAUCUAGAUUCAUAUUUAAAGUUUAUUUUUCAAGUGCACAUAUAUGUCAGUACUACCUAGUUGCAUUUUAUAUUGCUUAAUAUAUAGUAGGGUGGGGGAAGAUGGGGCACCUUUUUGAUCAUAUUUUCUUGUCCCAUUUGGUAGUAAAUAGAGAACAUUUAAAAAAUUAUAAAACCGUAUCCCCAAGAUUCCCACACACAAUUUUGGGAUAUUUUUGUGCUUAAGGUGUCCUGUCUUCCCCCACUGUAAUAUAUAUGACUCUUAGAAUAAAUAGUGGUGAUAUUUAAAAUAUACAGGUUAAAAUAUAUUUGUCAUCAAACUUUUAUUGCAAACACAUUUUGUAUUUAAACAGCUCAUUUAGUAGUUAUAAUAAUAUGAUAUUUCUACUUGAAUGUUUAAUUAUGGUGUAAAGGGUUGCGAAAGAAUGUAAUUUUGUUCAUGAUUUUUAAAUUUAUUUAUGAAAAUAGUUUUGACAAAUAGUGGAAAAAGCGGGCACAUCUUAAGUCUUUAAAUUAAAAAUCACUUUUAUCACGUACUUACAUUUGGUGUUAACUUUUUGGGUGUUUGGCUUUUAUUUAUAUUUCCACAAUAUUGUAAUUGCUGUUUAUUUUCAUUUUAUGUUUCACCGUUUUCUGUAUAUUUCAUUUAAGUUGUUUUUUACAUUUAGUUCAGGCACAAUAUUUCUUUUUAUUCGCACAGUUGAUGUUUUAAACAAGUUUUCCACCGGUUUUACAUUCACGUUUAUUGUGUUCAUUCAUUUUACCACUUGCUUAUUUGCACAUCUGUUGAUGAAAACAUGGGUGUUGUCACAACAACCAGUUUCUGGUCUGUGUGAGUUAAAUAUGUUCCUUUACACAGUACCAAUAUAUAACUAUAUAUAUAGGCGGCAUUUCUUUUAUGGUAGUGGUUCUUAAACUUCGAGACUUGUUCUUAUUUGUAGAACAUAAGACAAUAGUAUGGUAGAGUGGGGGUGAAGGGACAUCUUUAGCACAUAAUAUCCAAACAUCCUGAUCGUGUUUUAAACUAUUAACAACAUUCUAUGGGAGUCUAAGGAUACGGUUUUUGUUCACUAUCAAAAAUAGAAUGGGAAAAAUAGAAUAAAGGGUGUCCCAUGUCUACCGCACUCUGCUGUAUCAUCUUUUGACUAAAUUUCGCAAUGAUGGUUUUAUCAAAUGGGUGUCUGGGUCUGGCUCUAAAUGUUUAAGAAGCACUGCUAUAUGGAUUGCCAGCCUAUAUCCAGUGCCAUGACAUUUUCCAAUGCAAAAUGUAACUAUUGUUGCCUUUUUUCUGUGUUUUCUGUAAAUCUAAAUAAGCUUGAAUGACAGUUUUACUGCCCAAAACUAAAUUAUAAAACUGUGAAAAGUGUUUCCGUGUUCAGUGUCACUUUGUACUCUUGCUUUUAGAAGUCACAUUGUAAAUGUAUAUGCAGCCUAUAGUGUAUUAUGUUAAGUACAAAA